CCUGGCCUCUGGGGGGAGGUGGGCGGGGCCAACUUGCAUCAUGACGCCCUCCUUCUCAUCCGCCGCUCGCUGAAGAAGAAAAGACCUCCGCCCGCCAACUUUCACGGUAAACGAAGGCAGGGAGUCUGGUCUUGGGGGUUGUAGCUGAUGAACAUGGUGAGCAAGGUGUUGCCAUAGUUCCUGUAUGCACCAACAGGAAGGCGGUGUCGAGUUAUCUCACCCACACACACACACACACACACACACACACACACACACACCUGCUCCAUGGAGAUAAAAGUGUGGCGAGGGCCCAGACAGAGGUCGAGAUGAGGGUAGCGGGGAGGCCCCAGCCAAAGCCGACACGACGGACUUGACGUCGGCUCGCCGUCGUGCGUCCCGCUGAUGCCCCGCCCCUUCACCAGCCCGGCCAUGCUGCUGAAGAGGAAGCUGUACGUGGUGGUGGUGAUCGCCGCCGUCCUCCUCCUCAUGCUCGCCAGUCAGAGUAUCCAGAAAGGGCAUUUCCUCUCCUUGUACUUGGACACGCCCCCCAGCCUGGCCACACCCAGUGGGAAGCCCUUCCACGGGGAGACGGAUCCUCCCGAUGGCGUCGCCGCUAUCCACGCUCCUCCCAGUGAGGCGGCGGUCAAGAACUCUGAAGUUGUCCCCAGGUCCUGCGGAUGUCCUCAGUCCUGCGUCUCGGACCUGGGCGCCUCGGACUGGUUCAGCCGUCACUACGAUCCCAGACAGAGACCCUUCCUGCAGGACGCCAACAUGAGCCUGGACCCUGACGCCCUCCAGUGGUGGCUGAGCCUCCAGCGCUCCGGUAACGACCAAACUCUACAGGAAGUGAUGUCACAGAUGUUCAAGGUCAUUGCCUCGCCCGCCGGGGACUUCAAGCCGGGGCCCUCGCGCUGUCGCUCCUGUGCGGUGGUGGGCAACUCCGGCAACUUGCAACAGUCUGGACACGGCAAACUCAUCGACUCCCACGGCACCGUGAUCCGGAUGAACAAAGCCGUGACCCGGAGUUUUGAAAAGGACGUCGGGAAUCGCACCACGCACCACUUCAUGUACCCGGAGAGUGCGGUGGACGUGGAGGGCGGUGUGAGUCUCAUCCUGCUGCCGUUCAAGCUGCGAGACAUGGAGUGGCUGACCAGCGCCCUGUCCACCGGGCAGAUCAAAAUGACAUACAUGAGGGUGAAAGACCGAGUGAAAGCAGAUAAAGAUAAGGUCAUGGUGGUGAAUCCCGUUUUCUUCAAAUACGUUCAUGACCGCUGGACCGAGCGUCAUGGUCGCUACCCGUCCACGGGCAUGCUGGCCCUCAUCUUCGCCCUGCACACUUGCGACCAGGUGUCGGUGUUCGGUUACGGCGCAGACAAGCAGGGCAACUGGCACCACUACUGGGAGGAGAACCGCUACGCCGGAGCCUUCCGCAAGACCGGCGUCCACAGCGCCGACUUCGAGACCCAAGUGAUCGAGCAGCUGGCCAAGGAGGGCAAGAUCAGCCUGCACCUGUGAAGUCCGCCCGGACCCUCCGGCCCACGCCUUGACCGUCCUGAGAACACACGACGACACGGAGGCGCGACAUCUCGUGAGCGUCCUCCCGCACUGAAUAAUAACCAAACCAGGGGGGGCGCACACGAGGGUCCGGACUGCUGGUCCAUCUUGAGACCACAUCCACGUGCCUUCAUGACGCCACUGGGGAGUCUGCAAGUCUGCCUCACACCGUCCUGCAACCUCAAGAAAAAAAAAGCUUUGCGCUGAGUGGGGAACAACCACAAACUUUAAAACACUCCUUAAUUGACACUGUUUAGGGAUAACCUCUUUUUUUUUCUCACUCCGAGCACUUUGUCUUAAGCAAAUGACCGCCAUUUUGCUGCUUUAUUGUGCCCACUCACGCUGCAUCUUCGGGUGCUUUCGCACGGAGUCGCGAAAAUUCCAGCCGCACCUAAAUGCCUCACAGCGAGCCACGUGACAUCACUCUCUUCUCCUAUUGGUGUAACGACUGGCGCGGGAAUGUAAACUUGGAGAUAGUGAGAGAGGCGACACAACACAGAGCCAAAAUAGUUUGUAGGAGGUUGAAUAAUUAAUAUUGAAGUGGAUUUAAGUAAUUCUGGCUCCAAUAUGCCAGCAGAUAGUGUUCUUUAAAGGGGGAUUUUUGUUUAACCACCUUCCUGAAGCGCUGCUUGAAUGAACACGUGAUAAACAGGAAACAAACGCCUUGGGUAAGUCCUAGUUUUCUUUUUUUUUUAUACUUAUUAGCAUUUAUUUCAGUAUUUUUUUUUCCAAGUUACUGAAUCGACGACAAAAAAAAUGUCUGCUUGCACUAAAAUAACACGCCUUAAUUUAAACAAUCGUGUUGACCACGUUUUGCCUUGUCACGUGAUGUCAAUGUUGGCCAAAAAAACAAAAAAAAACACGAGUUAAUGUGUGUUUUGCGUUAAGAAAUGUUAUCAUAUCUUAGUCAUUAGUAUCUCGUAACGCCAAACUAUAAAGAAAAGUAACAAAAACGUCCCCAGUGAGAACAUUCGGGACUAAAAAUGACUGUUUGCUCUAAAAUAACACAUGAUCGUGUUGACGUUUUGCAUUGUCACGUGACGUCAAUGUUGGCCAACAAAAGCAGACAUUUCCUGUGUUUUGCGUUAAAUAACGUUAUAAGUAUCUCGUAAAAGCCAAACUACAAAGCAAAAAAGUCAAGAAGACGUCCCCAGUGAGUACUUUCAUGACUAAAAAUGACUUUGUUUGCUCUAAAUUAACACAUGGACGUGUUGACGUUUUGCUUUGUCACGUGAUGUCAAUGUUGGCCAACAAAAAAAGCUGACGAUUUCCUGUGUUUUGCGUUAAAUAACAUUAUCAUAAGUAUCUUGUAAAAGCCAAACUACAAAGAAAAAAGUCGAGAAUACGUCCCAAGUGAGAACAUUGAUGACUAUAAAUGACUGUUUGCUCUAAAAUAAGACGCCUUAACAUGAUCGUCUUGACCACGUUUUGCCUUGUCACGUGAUGUCAAUGUUGGCCAACAAAAAAAGCAGAAUAAAAAAACAUUAUCAUCUUAAAUCAGUAGUAGCUUUUGUAAAGCCCAACUACAAAGUCAAGAAACCGUCCCCAGUGAGAACAUUAAUGACUAAAAAUGACCUUUUUUGCUCUACAAUAACACAUGGUUGUGUUGACAUUUGCCUUGUCAUGUGAUGUCAAUGUUGGCCAACAAAAAAAGCAGACAAGUUCAUGUAUGUUUUGCCUUAAAGAACAUUAUCACAUCUUAAAUCACUAGUAGCUCGUAAAAAGCCCAACUACAAUAAGUCAAUAAGACGUCCCCGGUGAGUACAUUCAUGACAAAAAAAUGUCUGGUUGCACUAAAAUAACACACCUUAACAUGAUCGCGUUGACCACGUUUUGCCUUGUCCCGUGAUGUCAAUGUUGGCCAACAAAAGCAGACAUUUCCUGUGUUUUGCGUUAAAUAACGUUAUAAGUAUCUCGUAAAAGCCAAACUACAAAGAAAAAAGUCAAGAAGACGUCCCCAGUGAGUACUUUCAUGACUAAAAAUUACUUUUUUUGCUCUAAAUUAACACAUGGACGUGUUGACGUUUUUCUUUGUCACGUGAUGUCAAUGUUGGCCAACAAAAAAAGCAGACAUUUCCUGUGUUUUGCGUUAAAUAACAUUAUCAUAAGUAUCUCGUAAAAGUCAAACUACAAAGAAAUAAGUCAAGAAGACGUCCCAAGUGAGAACAUUGAUGACUAUAAAUGCUCUAAAAUAACACGCCUUAACAUGAUCGUCUUGACCACGUUUUGCCUUGUCACGUGAUGUCAAUGUUGGCCAACAAAAAAAGCAGACGAGCUCAUGUGUGUUUUGCAUCAUAUCUUAAUCAUUAGUAAAAGUCAAGACGACGUCCCCAGUGAGGACAUUCAUGACUAAAAAUGACAUGGUCGUGUUGACGUUUUGGCCAACAAAAAAAGCACAUGAGCUCAUGUGUGUCUUGCCUUAAAGAACGUUAUCAUAUCUUAAAUCACUAGUAGUUCGUAAAAGCCCAACUACAAAGAAGAGAGUCAAUAAGACGUCCCCGGUGAGUACAGUACAUUUAUGACAAAAAAAAUGUGGUUGCACUAAAAUAACACGCCUUAACAUGAUCGUAUUGACCACGUUUUGCCUUGUCUCGUGAUGUCAAUGUUGGCCAACAAAAGCAUACAUUUCCUGUGUUUUGCGUUAAAUAACGUUAUAAGUAUCUCGUAAAAGCCAAACUGCAAAGAAAAAAGUCAAGAAGACGUCCCCAGUGAGUACUUUCAUGACUAAAAAUGACUUUGUUUGCUCUAAAUUAACACAUGGACGUGUUGACGUUUUGCUUUGUCACGUGAUGUCAAUGUUGGCCAACAAAAGCAGACGAUUUCCUGUGUUUUGCGUUAAAUAACAUUAUCAUAAGUAUCUUGUAAAAGCCAAACUACAAAGAAAAAAGUCGAGAAUACGUCCCAAGUGAGAACAUUGAUGACUAUAAAUGACUGUUUGCUCUAAAAUAACACGCCUUAACAUGAUCGUCUUCGCCACGUUUUGCCUUGUCACGUGAUGUCAAUGUUGGCCAACAAAAAAAGCAGACGAGCUCAUGUGUGUUCUGCAUCAUAUCUUAAUCAUUAGUAAAAGUCAAGAAGACGUCCCCAGUGAGAACAUUCAUGACUAAAAAUGACAUGGUCGUGUUGACGUUUUGGCCAACAAAAAAAAAACAGACGAGUUUUGUGUUAAGUAACGUUAUCAUAUCUUAAUCAUUAGUGUCCUGUAAAAGCCAAACUACAAAGCAAAAAGUCAAGACGACGUCCCCAGGGAUUACAUUCAUGACUAAAAUGACUGUUUGCUCUAAAAAAAAAACCACACGAUCGUGUUGACGUUUUGCCUUGUCACAUGAUGUCAAUGUUAGCCAACAAAAAAAGCAGAUGAUUUCAUGUGUCUUUUGCUUUAAAGAACUUUAUCGUAUCUUAAUUCACUAGUAUGUCGUAAAAAAACGCAUUCAUGACACAAAAUGACUGUUUGCUCUAUAAUAAUACGCCUUAACAUGAUCGUCUUGACCACGUUUUGCCUUGUCACGUGAUGUCAAUGUUGGCCAACAAAAAAAGCAGACGAGUUCAUGUUGGCCAACAAAAAAAGCGGACGAUUUCAUGUGUGUUUUGCUUUAAAUAACGUUAUCAUAUCUUAAUCACUAGUAGCUCUUAAAAAAGAAGUACAAAGAAGAAAGUCAAGAAGACGUCCCCGGUGAGAACAUUCAUGAGUCAGCGUAAUUGCAGGGUGAGAAAUGGCCGACAGGGGGCGCUGAAGUAACCACUUCCUGUACUGUGAAUGGAGAAAUCCUCCUGCUGAUUGUCAAUCUUGAAUUAAAAUGUGUGCAAAUGACAA